AUGGCGCUUCACAUCUCCUCCUAUGCUUAUUCUUCAUCGUGGAUUCAACGUCACGACAUUCCACCGCUCAAAGCUGCGCCGCCGCCGCGAACUGCAGGAUGGAACCAGAAAUUUGGGAUCCUUACUUGUAAAUCAAGUGCUGAAGGUGAUUUAUAUAUAUAUUUGUUCAAUCAACUGCUGCAGGAUUAUUUGCUAGAUGCGCCGGUUUCUUUUGGCGAUGGAUUCUCUUUCAGUGGAGGGAAGUAUUCCGAUGAGCCAAAUCCAGCGGAUGAAUGGUUCAAUAAAGGGAAAAUUGUGAAAGCUUACUUUGUUUCUGGGACGGGGGAGGAAGCAAAAGAUCCCAUAUUUGGACUCAAGAUGGGAAGUGGGUCUCAGGCCUCUGGUGAUAUUUUCAGAUGGUUCUGCAUUGAAAGUGGAAGCAAAACUAAUCCUCCUGUUUUAUUAAUCCAUGGUUUCCCCUCUCAGGCAUAUUCUUACCGGAAAGUUCUUCCUAUCCUUUCCAAGAACUAUCAUGCUGUUGCUUUUGAUUGGUUAGGCUUUGGAUUUUCGGACAAGCCUCAACCUGGUUAUGGUUUUAACUAUACACUGAAUGAAUUUGUAACGUCUUUGAAUUCUGUCAUUGAAGAACUUGCAAUUGAGAAAGUAUCUAUUGUUGUCCAGGGUUAUUUUUCACCGGUUGUCGUGAAAUAUGCUAGCAGUCACCAGGAAAAGAUUGACAAUCUCAUACUUCUGAAUCCUCCUCUAACAGAAAAACAUGCGAAGCUACCAUCAACUUUGUCAGUCUUCAGUAACUUUUUACUAGGUGAAAUAUUUUGUCAGGAUCCAUUGAGGGCAAGUGAUAAAGUAUUGACAAGCUCGGGGCCUUACAAAAUGAAAGAAGAUGAUGCAAUGGUGUACAGAAGGCCUUACCUUACUUCAGGUUCUUCAGGAUUUGCACUGAAGGCGAUAACUAAGGCAAUGAAGAAGGGACUAAAGAACUCUGUUGAAGAAAUGAGAGGGAUACUAAGUGAUGAAAAGUGGAAGGUCAAAACAACUAUAUGUUGGGGACAAAGAGACCGAUGGUUAGACUAUGAUGGAGUUGAAGAGUUCUGCAAAGUUUCAAAACAUAGGCUCAUUCAACUUCCCAUGGCAGGGCAUCAUGUGCAAGAGGAUAGCGGUGAAGAGGUUGGCCAAAUCAUUGCUAGUAUCAUCCGCAGGAAUAGUUAAAAUGCAUGCCACCAAUUGCUUCUCUUCUAAAUUUUUAAAGGAGACUAUUUAUGCAGAAAGACUGCCCAAUUCGCUUGUUUCUUGAACA